GGAAGAUGUCCCGCACCCCGCCAAUCCCCAGCAAGUGGAUCGGUCGAUCUCGGCGCAAUUGCCGGGCGGUGAGGGCGACGAUCUCGUACAUCUGCUCCUUGUUCUGGCCCAAGCUCCCUCCGAUCGCCGCCCCAAAGAAGGGAUGGUCGUUCACAAAUUCGGAGGAGACCGCCCGAAGGUCCGGAUAAACCCCGCCUUGGAUGAUGCCGUACAGGCACUGGG